AUGCUAGAUUUUCGAAAUGUUGGGUUUUGGGAUAAUGCUUGGGUUACGUAUUCUCAAUUUGUCGAGGACGAUUUUUCGGACGAUGGCAGCGAUGACGAUUAUCAAGAAGAUAUAUACGAGCUCGACUACGAUUUUGAUAAUGAUGCAAGUCAAUAUGUAAUCUUCGAGAAAAAGCUUGGUACCUUAUGUACUGCAAAAAGUUUGUUUAAUCAGGAUGCACUCCUUCAAUGUGCAAUUUGUGAUGAUGAACGGCCAGAAAUUCUUAAAGGCACUCCAGAACCAUGGGUUGAAUUGAUGGAGAGAUGUUGGCAAGGCAAUCCCAAUGAUCGCCCUACGACAAGGGAAUUAUUCGGGACCACCGAAAGUUGGUAUUUCCUCAAAGAAGACGUCACAGAAUUUAAGGACGCUGAUGAGGGACAAUCCGCGUUAUUAUACGCGGCAAAUUUCCAAUAUAACGCACCACCAGAACAUACGCAAGAAUAUCAAGAUUUUCAAAAUGAAUGUAGUACAUCGAUUAAAUAUAUUCAAGAACAUCAAUUGCCAAUGAUUAGAGAACAAAUGAAAAAUCAACUUAGUCAAUAUGAUUCAAAUCAAGAUGACUGUGCAAUUAGUGAUGGAUAA